AUGAAUUCUUUUUAAUAAUAUGAUGAUAAUAAAGGAGAAUAUUAAAUUAAAUUAUAAGAUCAUAUAGCUUAUAGAUAUGAAAUAUUAGAUGUUUUAGGAAAAGGUUCCUUCGGGUAAGUAUUAAAAGUUUACGAUUAUAAAAGGAAAGAAAUAGUAGCAUUAAAAAUUAUUAAAAAUAAAUAAAAAUUCCAUGAAUAAGCUAUAAUAGAACUAAAUAUUUUGCAUUAUAUAAAAGAAAAAGAUUCGGAUAAUUAAACUAAUAUAGUUAAAAUUAGAGACUUUGUAAUAUUUAGAAAUCAUGUGUGUUUAGUAUUUGAAUUAUUAAGUAUAAAUUUAUACUAACUUUUAAGAAACAAUAAUUUUCAAGGCCUUUCUUUAGAAUUAAUAAGAAGAUUCGGCAUAUAAAUAUUAAAUGCGAUAAGUUUUUUAAAAAAGAAUAAUAUAAUGCACUGUGAUUUAAAACCUGAAAAUAUAUUAUUAAAAUAAGCAAAUAAAAGUGGAGUUAAACUAGUUGAUUUUGGUUCUUCUUGUUUUGUAAAUGAAGUUAUAUAUACUUAUAUAUAGUCUAGAUAUUAUAGAGCUCCUGAGAUCAUUUUAGGAAUCCCAUAUGGAACAGAAAUCGAUAUGUGGUCUUUUGGAUGUAUUAUGGCUGAAUUAUACAUUGGAUAUCCAAUAUUUCCUGGUAAAAAUGAAAAUGAAUAAAUGCUUUUUAUUAUGGAAUUAUUAGGAGUACCUGAUAUAGAGUUUUUAAAAAAAUGUUAAAGAAAAAAAUAUUAUUUCGAUGAAAAUUAUUAACCUAUAUUAAUUCCGAAUAGUAAAGGUAAGAUCAGAAUUCCAGGUAGUAAAAGUUGGAAAAGUACUUUAGGGUGUAAUGAUGAAAAAUUUAUCGAUUUUUUGAAAAAAUGUUUAGUCUGGGAACCUGAGAAACGUAUUUAAGCAAGAGAAUGUUUACUUCAUCCUUGGAUUUUGGAAGGUUUACCUAAAGAAAUUAGAUUAUAGCAUAUAAAGAUUUUAACUGAAGAGAUUAAUGAGAAUUUUUCUUAAGAUAUAUCUUCUGUUCUGGAAGUAACUUAUUUUUGA